AUGGCUAACGAGGAUCAGGUGCAGGUGAUUAGAAUUCAGGGGAAGAUGAACGAGUGGGCGGUGCUACUGGUGACGUGGCAGGUGGAGGUGGCUGUGAUGAAUCUCACACUUGGAUCUAUCACGCUUCCCUGGAGUCUCCGUUACAGAAUACUUCGCCAACCAAAGAUCCAGCGGCUUUCAGAAAGACAGAUCAACUAUGGAUCCAGCAUCACGACUCUUCUGUCCCCGCCAAGUGUGUGGGCUGCACACUGUGCUUCAGAGGUCUCAUCCGCCCACGAGUCUGCUCCAGAGACCUCAUCUGUCCAAGAAUUCACGCCAAUACCUCCUGAGGUAUCAGCUCACACUGUAGAUCCUCCAAAGGAGGUGGCGUCUAUUUAUGAACUCAAUGCCAUAUCUGCCCAAGAAUCUGCACCCGUGUCUCCAGAGGUAGAGAAAGAACUCUUGGAAAAAAACCUCAGGGAACUUAAGCUGAGCGAUCCAAAGGUUAAGUAUGUCAGGAUCUUGCUAACUGGACAAAUUGGAGCAGGAAAGUCCAGCUUCAUCAACUCAGUCAAUAGUACUUUUCAAGGAAGAAUCACAUCAGAAGCCCUUGCUGAUACUGUGUCUGGAACAAGUUUUACAAAAACAUACAGAACUUAUUACAUAAGAGAUGGAGAAUCAGCCCUGCCUUUUGUCUUCAAUGACAUCAUGGGCUUAGAAGCCGGAGAAUCACAUGGUGCACAUCAAGAAGACAUCGCCAAAUGCCUUGAGGGUCUCCUUAAGGAAGGAUACAAUUUUAGUCCAGGUGUUUCUGCUAAAAAAGAGGACUGCAGAGGUAAACCAAGCGCUGAGGAUCUGACGUAUUGUCUGGUCUACGUCGUAGCAGCUAAAACGGUGUCAAUGAUGCAUGAUGACGUCUUCAGAAAGAUGAGAUACAUUCGACAGAAGGCCAGUGAAUUAGAAAUUCCUCAGGCAAUCAUCAUGACGAAGGUGGAUGAAGUAUGCCCACUAGUCCAAAAGGAUCUAAGAAAAAUCUACACUAGCAAAAAGAUAAAGGAGAAGAUGCAGCAGUGCUCUAAUUCGGUUGGUGUCUCUAUGAGCCACAUCUUCCCUGUGAAGAACUACCAUGAGGAAAGUCAUACACAAAAUAACAUGGAUGUACUGAUCCUAAGGGCUCUUACAGAGAUUGUGCAAACAGCAAAUGAUCUACUGAACAGAAGAAAAUAUGAAUCGGAAAAAAAAGGAUGUUUCCUGUGUUUCUGUUAA